AUGAAUGCAUCGGGACGAAUGUUGUUGACGUGUUUCGCCUUGGCUGAGCCAGGCUGCUCCUCGGACUUCACCCGAGCUUCCGUGCGUCGUAGGAUGCUGCCAGGCAGUUGCAAGUAUGCGGUAGCAUUCGGUUUACGGCUCAUACCACUACUCAUCGACUACGCGCGACCCGCCUACGCCGCCGACAUGGCCGGCACCGACUUCAACUUCACCUCAGCGGCCAGGUCUCUGGCGCUGCCUAUAGACGACUCCGAAGACGACCCUGCCCUCACUCGCUCAACGUCAAAUCAGCAACAUCGCCAGACAUCACCAACAUGGGCGCGACGGUCAUUCUCCGACUCGGUUGACAGAAGACCGCAAACAAGGAGGGACAAAUGGAUGCAAGAGGCCGAGAAAUGGCAACGGAGAGCAGUCAAGACAUGGUACCACCUGUCGCCCAUCCAAAGAGCAGGCCUGGUCGUCUUCAACAUUGGUCUGAUCAUCUUCGCCAUCCUCUUCCUCGUAUACAACGAGCGCAUCUUCGCCUGGCUAUCGCCCGCGGCGAAGAGCUGGCGGAACUUGUCGGGAGGCUGGCUGAUAUUAUGGUUCAUGACCUUCUUCACCGCAUUCCCGCCCAUGAUCGGCUACUCUACGUGUGUGACGAUCGCUGGGUUCGUCUUUGGCAUGCAGGGCUGGUUCAUCGUGGCUACUGCGAACGUGGCUGGGUCGAUAUGUAGCUUCAUUAUCUCGAGGACGGUGCUGAAGGAGUUUGUUGGUCGCUUGACAGAGAAGAAUACGCAGUUUGCUGCGCUGUCGCUGGUGAUUAAGCACGAUGGGCUGAAGCUUUUGACGAUGAUCCGGCUGUGUCCGCUGCCGUACAGCUUGAGCAAUGGGGCCAUCAGCACGAUUCCGACUGUGAAAUGGCAGGACUUUGGUCUGGCGACUGCGAUUGCUUCGCCGAAGCUGCUGUUGCAUAUCUUUGUUGGCAGCCGCUUGGGCGACUUGGCAGAGAACGGUGACAAGAUGGACACGAAGACCAGGAUCGUGUCGUACCUCAGUAUCAUCAUUGGAAUGGUUGCUGGCAUCGCGACAGGCUACUUCGUAUACGUACGAACAAAAGCUCGAGCGAAGCAGCUAGAGGCGGAGGAAGCGACAGCAGCCCGCGCUGGCCCGCGGACUUCCAAUGCUGGGCCUGACUACAUUGAUGACUCUGACGAGCAGGACGCGAGAAAUGCGCUGAGACGAGGCGACGAUGAUAUUUCGUUACAUCACACUUAUGAAGACGACCUCGAAGGCGGGGGCGGGUAUAGGGACGAGUUCACCGACGACGAGGACGCGCAGGAGCGGGAUGUCUUUGAUGUUGGCGAUGGCUAUGAGUCUGAGGAGACGCCGACGAAGAAGUCUGAACGAUAG